AUGAACAGAAAAAGCUUCGAGCUUGUGGCUUUAUCACUCCUUUGGCUCACAGUGCUUGUUGAUGGUUUUUCAACUCAACUUGGGCCAUUGUCGAGUUUUCCAUCAUCCAGAUGUUUCCCCUUCCACCAAGAAACUGUGGCCCUGAUGGCUGCUGGCAAGAAAAAGAGAAGAAGAAGAAAGGAACCGCCUAGUACGGCAGCUCCAGAGCCUGAGCAGGCAGUGUCUCCAGAGGUCUCCUCACCACCAAUAUCAGCUGCAACACCAUCCGUGGAACAAACUUUUGAAAGUGCGGAGGACAUUGACCCCGAAGAUGUAGAUGUUGACAUACUUGCAGAUAUAGCGAAUUUUAAGUUUGAAGGCUCAGAUCCAACUGUAGAAGAAGCUGUACCACAACCAGACUCGGAGGAAUCUCUUCCGCUGCCUGAUAUCAAGCAAGCGCUUCAAAAGAAAGCAAUGGAACAGAUGGCAAAGGCAGAAGAAGAAGAGAAGCAAACUCAAGUCAAGAUCAAUAGAAAAGAUAAGAAAGCUUUUGCCAAGCUCCUCGAACAGGAUCCGUAUGCCGACGCUGACGACUCUUUCUUUGAAGAAGAAGAAUAUGGCACUGUCAGUGCACUUCUUGGUGAACGUGCCAAACCAUUUCUUGGAAUCCCAACUGGUCCGCUCCAAGUUGGUCACACAAUCGGAGCAUUAGUCAUUGUGUUGAUGGCGUUUGUUGAAUACCCUGGAUUUCCAUUGACAAAUUUACCUUCGGCUAUCCGUGGUGCACUACAAGGAGGGUUGGGAACCGUCUAUGCAAUCAAUGCGAUUUUUGCUAUUCUUGCUGUAUUUAAAGCAGGAGAGAGAGGCCAACCUGCAUUGCUUUGGGUAGCAAAAACUUUUACGGUUGGAGGACUUGCAUAUGACCAGCUGACGCAACUUCCAACUACAGAGGAGAUUGAAAGGGUAAAGAACCAGAAAGGAGCACGUGCCUUGAAGAACAGGAAAAACUAG